AUGAGUUUUACUCUGUGUGGUGGACUUAUCCUGUUAUUAAUGUUUGAAGUCGUAGCAUCUCAAGCAUUUCUUUGUAAGGAAGCGUCUCUUUCUUGUCCUGUGAUAACUUACAAUCAUCGCCGACUUAAAGGCUUCACGUUCAAAACAAUUCACCAAGCAAGCCUGGUAUCCUGUGGUUUGCUAUGUCAGAGAGACCCUCGAUGCGCUUCAACAAAUUUCAGAAACGUUUUCAAAAGUCAGGGAACCUGUGAGUUGAACGACAGAGGAGCUCUCCUUACUGAGAAAGGAAACGAACUGGAAUACGACGAAGAAGCAAUUUACACCCAAUUUUACGACACGAAGGUAACAAAAAAAUCUCGAUAA